AUGGCAAUAAAUUAAGACCCAAAUCAGAAACAUUAUUAUGUUAAUAAAACAACUACUUUAUCUGAUGUAAAAUUAUAUGAUAAUGCUUUGAAAGAAAUAUAAUUUGCUCUCAAAAUUGAUUCUCAAUAUCAUGAUGUAAAUUAAGCAUUUAAUAUUAAUCAUUUACAUUAAUAAGGAGAUAUAUAUAUAAAUAUUUGCUAAUCAAAACAAUAUGAAAAGGUGGAAAAAGCCUGUGAUUAAGUUCUUAUAUUAGAUAGUUAAAACUAAUAUGUAUUAAAUUGCUAAUAAGAAAUCCCAAAGAAAAUAUCUAAAUAAUAACCACAGGUCUCAUAGGUGUAAAUUUCAGUAUAGUAUUAACUAAAAGAAGGUUUAAUCAAAUCCUAAGAUUAUAGUGCGGAAGUUGCAAGUAGAAUAACAGAAAACUUAAGCUUUGAGUCUCAUAAAUUUAGUUUUGGAAAAAGACCCUAAAUUUAUGAGCAUUAAAAUGAAAAGCUUAAAUAUAUAUUGAAUAAAAAUAAUAAGCAAGUUGUAAAGUAACACUGGAUUAAAUUCUUACCAUUUAAUAGAAUGAUUUAGAUACAUUAAAAUAAAGCUUGA